AAAUCUCUGGUACCUUUCCUUUUAAAACAGUUGUUUCUUGUCCCACUGUUGGAUGCAAUGGUUUUGGUCAGGCUAAUCGUUCUUCUCUAGGCAUAACGGGCCUUUUUAAAAACCCGCACGCCUCCCUUAGGCUUCUGAUAAAAUGCAAAGUUGACGGACUGGCAACGGGGCACCGAUCUUCUUCGGGUUUCCUCUGCACAGGAAUUUGGUCUAGGGGGUUCCGGCCCCUGCCGAGCAUGGAAGCUGCAGAACGGCCCCGCUUGCCAGAGAGCAGCAGCGGGACACAAAGUAAACAGCCCCCACACCUCCGAAAGACCUCCAAAAUGUCCCACCACGCUUGGACUUCAAUGGCGGAGCAGGAGGCUGGUGCCAGCCCCUCGGUAAAGGGCAGAACGGGCCCCAUUCAGGUGUCCACGAGAGAAAUACAACUGAGCCGAAGCCUGGAAGAGAGAGGAACAGGUGUGCAGAUGUCCGGAAAGGGCCCAGAGGGGCCGGUGUUUCCAAAGCAAUGCUCGGAAGAAGGCAGGAAGGGGAAUGCUCUUUGGUACAGGUUGGAAGAAGCUGAGCUCAGCAUCGUCACCAGCCAGGGAGAAAUCCACCCUUCUGACUCUCCGGCAGAUUCUGAAAGGAAAAGGGAAAUGACAGACCGCACUUGGCCCUGGGUUCAAAUAUAUAACUUUGGCCGCCAGCAAAGCUGGGAGCGAGAAGCUGCAGGUGGGAGCAGAGAGAUGACCGAGGCUCCCCGGGGGGCCCUGAGGUGGCAGAUUUCCCGGUCGGAUUCGGAGAGCAGCAGCGGUGCGGAAAGCAGGCAAGUCAACAGGCUCACGCUGAACUCCCCUGGAGAGGAAAGCAAGGCCGAGAUCCUGAAUUGGCUGGAUUUUUCUGCGGGGAAGGAGAACGGAGAGACAGAGAGCCAAGAAGCGGAAGAACAAACUUCCGGCAACCCAGCCAUGGUCACUGGAGAAAUGGUGGCUGGUCUCCCUUGGCCUGCCAGAGCUCCCAAUGGCUGUCACGUAGGUGGAGAAAGGAAGCCAGAGGAGUCUGAGAGCAUCAAGGUAGACAAAGGCCUCGAGAUAAAGAGGCCCACUGUCCUCAGUCUUGAUUUGGUUUCUCCCCAGACUAGGAAACCCUCCAAGCAGACCUGCAGCCCCUCUCUUGCGGUCAAGGAAGAUGAGGGGCUCUGUGGCCAACUGGGAUUUGAUUCCCGCAGCCCGGUGGAGGAUUUGCAGAGCCCUGAAACCGAAACCCGACCUAUGGAGACUUCCUCCGAGUCUUCUCCAAGCACGGUUGUGAUGUUGCUGUGUUCUUCUCACGCUUCCAGCCAAGCUUCUGGGGAAACAGCCCAAGGAGACGAGCCUCUUUUGCCACCGCAGCAAAGAAAGAGAACAACACAACAGGAGGAGGAAAAGGCCCUGAAAGUCGCCGAUGUGAAGAAGACGUUUGAAAAGCGGAAGCCGGCAGCCAAGAAGGUGGCAUCACCUGCUAGAAAAGUGCCAGCACUGGAGACAUCACCUCACUCGUUUCUUGGCUCCGGCAGCAACACCAACCAGAUGUGCUCUCCCGAAGCAUCAGCUAGCACAGCUGAGGGAUUCUGGGAGCUGUAGUCCAGCACAUAGGUGGAUGCCUUUCCUCUGGUCUUAACCGGACACCACUCAGCAGCCAUGGAAGCUGGUGGGGAGCAGCAUCUGAGGACAAGACACAUUCAUUUGUUCACAGCUGCCUUGUGGUGUGCAAAGAUGCCAGAAAUCUUUCCCCAAAAGGUCACUUUGGAAAUGGGGACCUUACCCUCUUGGCUUCUCUAGCUAGCCUCGUGGUCACGAAGGUUACCUGCUAGAGCUUGAGUGCAUUUCGGAAUAAAAUAAUAUCAGGGCACGGCUGCCAGCCAUAACUCUGGAGGAAAACUUAAGACACAACCUUGGCAGAGUUCGCUGCAAGACCAAGGAAGAUCAUUGCACGUGUUUAACCCUGUUGCUCUGAUAAGAAAAACUAGGUCCCCGAGGGAAAGAAAGUGCCAAAAAGAGAGAGAGAAAGAGAAAGGGAAAAAAAAGAAAAGAACUUAGAGCUACACCCAAGAGAAGGGUGUAGAACAAUUAAUAAGUGGAACGACUUCUCUGCAGAAGUUGUGAAUGCUCCAACACUGGAAAUUUUUAAGAAAAUGUUGGAUAACCAUCUGACUGAGAUGGUGUAGGGUUUCCUGCCUGGGCAGGGGGUUGGACUAGAAGGCCUCCAAGGUCCCUUCCAACUCUGUUGUUAUUGUUAUUGUUAAGGGGAGGGAAUGACCAGCCCUGAGCUGCCCUGUUAUCAGCAAGUGGGAAUAUUCUCUCUUAGCUCAGAGGGGGAAAGAGAGAAGGUCUGGUGGUGUGAAUGAGGCCACAAUGUCAGUGAUGUUUGAUUUGGUUGUAAAUUAAAAUGGGGUGUGUACAAAAAA